UGCAAGCAGAUCAGAGGGGGGUGCGUCGCUCAAGCAGGACCGAGGAGGAAUCACAGCAGCCCCGGCUGGGACUGCCAUACCCGACCCGCUGGAUCCCCGGAGGAACAGAGAGAACACGUCGCCUAAGGGAGAGGAGCUCUGUUCAGGCAGGAGGAUGUUCUCGUCAGUGAAGGCCUUCGAGGGGCAGCAAUACUCCACCCUGAAGAGGCAAUGCCUUGCCAGUGGCCUUCUGUUUGAAGACCCACACUUCCCCGCCUUGGACGACACCCUCUUCUACCAGGGCAACAGGAUUGGACARGUGCACUGGAAGAGACCCCAGGAGCUCUCUGAGGACCCUCACCUGUUUGUGGAUGGGAUCAGUGCGCACGACCUGCACCAGGGCCAGCUGGGAAACUGCUGGUUUGUGGCAGCGUGCUCCAGCCUGGCCUCCAGAGAGUCCCUGUGGUCUAAAGUCAUCCCAGACUGGAAGGAGCAGGAGUGGGACACGGAGACACCCGAGUCGUACGCCGGGAUCUUCCACUUCCGCUUCUGGCGCUUCGGAGAGUGGGUGGAUGUGGUGAUCGACGACCGGCUGCCCACGGUGGACAACCAGCUGGUCUACUGCCACUCGGAUGACAGCAACGAGUUCUGGAGCGCACUGGUGGAGAAGGCUUAUGCCAAAGUGUACGGCUGCUACGAGGCCCUGGACGGCGGGAACACGGCGGAUGCCCUGGUGGAUUUCACAGGGGGCGUGUCGGAGCCCAUGGACCUGCUGGAGGGCCAGAUGGCCACUGACGAGGUGGCCCGUAACCAGCUGUUUGAAAGGGUGCUGAAGGUCCACAACCGGGACGGCCUCAUCAGCUGCUCCAUCCGGGCGACCACAGUGGAGGACAUGGAGGCACGCCUAGACUGUGGCCUGGUCAAGGGCCACGCAUACGCAGUGACGGACGUGAAGAAGGUGCGUCUGGGCCAGGGCCUGCUGGCAUUCUUCAAAUCAGAGAAGCUCAAUAUGAUCCGCAUGAGGAACCCCUGGGGAGAGAAGGAGUGGAGCGGGCCCUGGAGCGACAGCUCAGAGGAGUGGAAGAAGGUGAGCAAGAGUGAGAGAGAGAAGCUGGGCGUCACCGUGCAGGAUGACGGAAAGAAAUUCUGGAUGACGUUUGAUGARUUCUGCCAGUACUUCACGGACCUGAUCCUGUGCCGCCUCAUCAACACCUCUUAUCUGAGCAUCCACAAAACAUGGGAGGAGGAAGUGAUGAGGGGCUCCUGGGUCCCCCGCCAAGACCCUCUGAGGAACCGCUCUGGGGGAUGCAUCAACUACAAGGCCACCUUCCUCCAGAACCCACAGUAUGUGUUUGAUGUGAAUAAGGUAGAGGAUGAGGUGUUGAUCGCCCUGCAGCAGAAGGAGAGGAGAGCCACCACCAAAGAGGGCAAAGGAGAUAACCUGGCCAUAGGCUUCGACAUUCACCGGGUGGAGCUGAACAGAAAAUACCGCAUGCACACGGCCCAGCAGAAGGUGGCGGGCUCCAUCUACAUCAACUCGCGCUGCGUCUUCCUCAGGAAGGAGCUCAAGGAGGGUCGCUACGUCAUCAUCCCCACGACUUUUGACCCCAGGCAGCAGGGUGACUUCUUGUUGCGGGUCUUCACCGACGUGCCUUCAGACUGCAAAGAGUUGAACCUGGAUGAGCCCCCACAGACGUGUUGGACGGGCAUGUGUGGUUACCCCCAGCUGGUCACCCAGGUCCACGUUCUGAGUGCUGAGGGACUCCAGGGCCAGGACUCUAAUGGAGCCUCGGACCCGUACGUCAUCAUCACCUGUGAGGGAGAGAGGGUGCGCUCGCCGGUGCACAAGGACACGCGGAGCCCUAACUUCGAUGUCAAAGGCCUGUUCUACCGCAAGAAGCCCAAGGAAGGCAUCCACAUUGAGAUCUACAAUAAGAACGUAAUUGUGGAUACCUUCCUGGGUCAGGUGACCCUGUCCAGUGACCCAAACGACCGGCAGGAGCAGCACACGCUCCACCUGCGCGACAAGGGCAAUCGCCAAGACAACGACCUCCCGGGCACGGUCACCGUGCGCCUCAUCACCUGCAUCACACUCAUCAACAUAUGACGUCACAACCACCGCCGUCGCUGCUCUCGCCAUGGAAUGUCGAAGGAGCUUGACCUUUGUCAUCUUGACGACCUUUCGCCACCCCUAAACCCAAGCAUGUCAGUUAAAAGGUUAAUCACCCCCCACCCCUGCUCCACCCAACCCAACACCCCCUUCAACAUAUACAGACACAGCUUUCUUUCUUUCUGACUCUUUCUCUCACUCUCACAC